CGCCAUUUGAGGGUCUAACAGUAAUACCAGCGAUUUGAAAAAGCCGCGAAGGUGGAAUGAAGCCCUCUUCUUUCUCCGCGUCUUCUCAAAGCGCCGUGACAGCUUUUGCCGUUGGGUUGAGGAAAUCUCGUUCCUUUCUCGUCCUCCCGCGCGAGUGUGACGUCACGGAGGCUCCUAGGAAGUCUCAGAGGAGGCAACAUGUGCGGGGGCUGCGUGAAGACGAAGUACCCUUCUCGGGGUAACAUCUGCUUGGACAAUGGGUCUUAUUUGCUGAACUAUCUGGGUUGCAUUGAAUGUAAAAAGAGGGAUUUUGUGAUGGUAACAAAUAGGACAUCAGAAGAAGAGGAUGGAGAGGACAUUAUCACUUAUGAUCAUGUGUGUAAGACCUGUCACCAUGUGAUAGCCAAACAUGAGUAUUCUUUCAGUGUAGUGGACGAUUACCAGGAGUAUACCAUGCUGUGUCUGCUUUGUGGCAAAGCAGAAGAUUCUAUCAGUGUCUUGCCUGAUGAUCCUCAUCUGAUGACUCCAUUAUUCUGAAGCUUUUUUAAAAAAAAUAAUUUUAAAACAUUGGGGAAGAAUGUAAUUGAACACUCCAUGUUUAGAGUGAAGUGACACAACCCACCCACCAAGAUUUUCAGGCUAAAACUUAAGUAUUGACUUCAUUUAUAUCUAACAUUUCUCCCCAAUGGAAGAACCCGAAGUGACUUUCAUCAUUUGAACCUGGGUCUCCCAGAUCUAUGCUCACCUGUCCAUUUGUAUAUUGUUCCCUGAACUUGCUAGUGGCUUGAAAGAUAGCUGACAAAAGCAGUUAACUAUAGGACCUUAUUGUUUCUUUUUGUGACAGUGCUCUCUGUCCAGUGUCUUAGCAAAGGAGAGUAUCCGUAUUGUUUUACAAUUGGCUUAUUCACAAAUGACAGCAGUGAGAGCUAAUGAAAAAGACCCUCAGGAAGGAAAUGGGUGAGAUUCUGUGUUGUUUAGCCACAGGGAAGAUCCUGACUAACAUGGGGUUUUUAAUGAAUUGCAACUAUAUAAUUAAAAUCUUGUCGUGACCCUA